GGUUAAACUCGGUGGGCCAGUACAGUACAGAUGGAUGUAUCCCAUUGAGAGGUUAGAUUUAUUUACAUAUAUGUCUAAUCUAAAUUCAUCUAGAAAAUCUAUAAACUUACUGUAUUUUAAUUAUAAUUUGACUUUUUGAAAAGGUACUUGGCCCAUCUAAAGUCACAUGUAGCUAAUAAAGCCCAACCUGAAGGGUCAAUUGCAGAAGGCUACCUUUUAGAGUAGACCAUUAGGUUUUGUUCAAGAUAUCUUGAAGGUGUUAAGACCGUCUUUAACAAACCUAAACGAAUUGAUGAUGAUAGUCCCAAUUCUGGAAAAUACUUGUGUAAUUCUGGCGGUCGAGUAAUUGGGAAAGAAGUCAAUUUCCGUCUAGAUGACAAAAGCCUAAAACAAGCUCAUCGCUAUAUUUUACUGCAUCAUUCUGAUGAAUAACCAAUUAUUAUAAUAUAUCAUUAUAAAUUAUAAUUUAUUUUCCUUUCUUUGAAGAGAAUUUUUAAAUCUAAAGCGACAAAUGAAUACACAUAACCCAAUCACUGAAAGUGAUGAAAGUGAUUGGAUCAUCAGCGAGUUUGGAGAGUGGUUGCGAAGUCAGGUACACUCAAUAGAUGAAUCCACCGAAGAUGGGAAACUUAGAAAAAUUCUGGCAGGGGGAUUGAAUUGUUAUGGUAAAAAAAUGAAGGGCUUUAUGAUCAAUGGGUAUAAAUUUCAGAUCAUGGACCGUGAUAGCCGUUUGACUACCCAAAAUUCUGGAAUCAUGGUUGAAGCAGAUGGAGAAGCAUACUAUGGGAAACUGAAGGAUAUAUAUGAAUUGGACUAUUAUGGGAAUUACAAAGCUAUAUUGUUUCAUUGUGUUUGGGUAGACAUACAGAGGGGUGUUAAAUCAGAUCAAAAUGUCUUUAUAUGUGUUAAUUUCUCCAAGUUGAUGCAUUCAGGAAGAAAUUUGCAAGAUGAUCCUUUUAUUUUCUCAUCUCAAACAAAACAGGUUUUCUACAUUGAAGAUGAGAUACGGAAAGGAUGGUUUCAUGUUGUAAAGACUAAGCCUAGAGACUUGUUUGAUUUAGGGGAUGAGUUACCCGAAGUAAAUAACGACAAUGAAUGAUUAGUUUCCUAUUUUAAUUUGGAUUUGUAAUUGCUGAAUUUAAUUAUGAGUUGAUAUUUGUCAUUAA